AUGGGAUGAAAAAGGGAAGGGGAAAGAGAUGGAGUGGGAAAGGAGCAUGGAAAGAGCAGGGAUGGAGCCAGGAAGAAAUAGGGAUGAAGAUGGGAUACAGCUGAGAUGUAGAGCUGAGAUGUAGAGGGGAUAGAGCUGGAAGCAGAAGGGCUGGAAUUAGAAGAGGUGGAGAAAGAUAGAGAAGGGAGUGGAGAAAGGAAGGGGGGGGAGGGAAGGAGUGGGGAUCAAGCAGGGAGUGAGAUGGGAUGGACAUGGAAUCAAAAGAGAUGGAUGAAGAUGGAGAAGGGAUGGAGAUGGGAAAGACAGGAGCUAGGGUGUAUCAGGGAAGGAACUGGGGAUGGAGCCAGGUGGGAGCAAGUAUGGAGAAGGAAUGGAGUGGGGAUGGAGAGAGAUGAAGAGGGGAUGGAUUGGAGGUGGAUUAGAGAUGGAUUAGAGAUAGAUUGGGGAUGGAGGUGGGAAGGGAAGGAGAGUGGAAGGAUCUGGGAUGGAGACAUGGAGAGGGGAUGGAAUAGUGAAGAAAUGGGGAUGGGAAUGGAGUUGGAUAGAUGCAGAUAGGUGGACAGAAGUGCAGAGGGAAGGACUGCAAAUGCAGUGGGGAUGGAGAUGGGACACUGCAGGAAAGAAGCAGGGAUGGGGAAGGUUAGAGCAGGGAGACAGCUGGGACACAGGUCUCAUCGCCAAACCCAGCAGCAGGGUUGGUGCCAGCAGUGAUGUGGGUGCUCUGUUCCCCAGCCCCAUACCCACUGCGUCUGGUUGGGGGCCCUGGGCGCUGCGCGGGGCGCGUGGAGCUGCUGCACACUGGGUGCUGGGGCACAGUCUGUGAUGAUGGCUGGGGGCUGCCGGACGCGGCCGUGGUCUGCAGGCAGCUGGGCUGUGGAGCUGCAUUAGUUGCACCUGGUGGGGCGUUUUUUGGUGAGGGCACUGGCCCCAUCUGGAUGGACAAUGUGAGGUGCUGGGGGAACGAGUCUGCGUUGCUGCAGUGCCCAGCUGCACCAUUGGGCAUCACCGACUGCCACCACCGGGAGGAUGCAUCUGUCAUUUGUGCAGAUGAGUUGACUGGGGUAGACCCCAUGCAGUCCACUCCUGAACAGCUGCCCACCAGGUCAUUGCUGGUGCCCUCCUCUGCUGUGCCAUGUGUGAGUGUCCAGCCCCGCAGCACCAGCUCCCCUCAGCCUACACCAAGCAGCUGGCCCAUGGCAGGGACGUCGCAGACAGCCCCGUUCCUGCUGCGUCUGGCUGGAGGCCCUGGGCGCUGUGCAGGGCGUGUGGAGCUGCUCCAUGCUGGGAGCUGGGGCACGGUCUGUGAUGAUGGCUGGGGCCUGCUGGAUGCAGCUGUGGUCUGCAGGCAGCUGGGCUGCGGGGCUGCACGCAAAGCCCUCCGCAGUGCCCACUUUGGCCCUGGCAUUGGCUCCAUAUGGCUGGAUGACGUGAAGUGCAGCGGGACAGAGGCUGCAUUGUGGCACUGCCCAGCUGAGCCUUGGGGCAAGCACAACUGUGACCACCGAGAAGAUGCUGCUGUCAUCUGCACAGGGCCAGAAGACUUGUCACCUGUGGAGACCUCCCCAUCUCCCCCAGGAUGGGGUCCAGCCAGCACCAUUCCUCGACGUCCUCUAGGACAAAUUCUGACCACAGUCAUUCCCAUGCAUCCCCAAAGACAGGAUCCAACUAUGAGUGUCACUAGAACCACUGCAAGAGCCACAGAACAGAAUCCAGACACCAGCACUACCUCACGAUCCUCAGGAGAGGAUCCUGCCACCAGUAUCUCCAGCACCACCACACGAUCUGCAGGACAGGGUCGAGUCUCUGCCACCUCAACCAAAGCAGGGCGAGAUCCCAUCCGUAUCAUCAGAAUCACCCGACUCAAAGCAGAACAGGAUCCAGCUGGCAUCAUCCAGAGCACCAAGCCCAAGGCAGCUGGUGUCACCAGGCUGAAGGCAGGACGGGAGACCGGUGGCCCCACCAGGUCCAAAGUGGGAUGGGAUCCAGCUGGCACCAACAGGUCCAAGGUGGGACGGGAUUCAGUUGGCAUCAACAAGACCAAAGUGGGACUGGAUCUGGUUGGCACCAACAGGUCAAAGAUGGGACGGGAUUCUGUUGGCAUCAACAAGACCAAAGUGAGAUUGGAUCCAGCUGGCACCAACAGGUCCAAGGUAGGACAGAAUUCUGUUGGCAUCAACAAGAUCAAAGUGAGAUUGGAUCCAGGUGGUAACAACAGGUCAAAGGUUUCUGUUGGCAUCAACAAAAUCAAAGCAGGACAGCAUCUGGUGGGCAUCAACAAGACCAAAGCAGGACAGGAUCCAGCUGGCACCAAUAGGUCCAAGACAGGAUGGGAUCCAGCUGGCACCGUCCGCAUCACUCGACCCAAAGUGGGACGGGAUCCGCUUGGUACCAUGUGGAUUGCCCAUCCCAAAGCAGAGCGGAUUGUUGUGGGAGCCAACCAGAGCACCAGGCGUUGGGUUUUGGUGGGGACCACACCAGGCACCAAGCCUCAAGCAGGACAGGUUCCAGUUAGUUCCACCAGGAGCACCCAGGGGCUGGCAGGAUGGGAUGCUGUUAGUGCUAUCCAAGGCAAUAUGGGACAGGAGAUUGCUGGUGUCACGCAAAGCACCAGGUCUAAUGCAGAGCAGGACUCAGCCAUUACCACAAGGCUCCAGGCAAGUGCUGCCAUAUGGAAUAACCACAGCCUGGGAGAACCAGGUCCAGGGGAUCCCGUGGGGAGCACACUUCCUGUAGUAGCAGAUCCAGAAGGUACCACAAAGAGUGCAGCUCCUACAGCAGAACCAAGUCUGGAAGUGACCUCGUGGGUUUCACAUCCCUCAGCAGAACUGGGUUCUGAAGGUCUCGUGAGGAGCACUCAACAUGCAGCAGAACUAGGUCCUGAAAGCACCAUGUGGAGCAUAUAUCCCACAGCAGAGCCAGCUCCAGAACGUACCAUGAAGAGCACAGAUCCUAUAACAGAACUGAGUCCAGAAGGUACUGUGAGCAUGCAUCCUCUAACAGAACUGGACCCAGAUGGUAACAUGGGAGGAGCACAUACUUCAGUAGAACCAGACCCUAGAGGUGCCAUGAAUAACACAGGUCCUACAGCAGGACUGAAUCCAGAUAAUAUCAUGGGAAGCACAUAUCCCACAGCAGAACUAGGUUCAGAUCAUACCAUGGGGAGCACACAUCCUGCAGCAGAAUCAGGUCCAGAAGGUACCAUGAGGAGCACAAGUCCUACAGCAGGACUGGAUCCAGAUGGUAUCAUGGGGAGCACAUAUCCCACAACAGAAGUAGGUCCAGAUCUUACAAUGGGGAGCACACAUCCUGCAACAGAUCCAGGUCCAGAAGGUACCAUGAGGAGCAGAAGUCCUGCAGCAGAACUUGAUCCAGAUGGUACCAUGAGGAGCACAAGUCCUGUAGCAGAACUGGGUCCAGAUGUUAGCACAAGGAGCACAAGUCCAGCAGCAGAACUGGGUCCAGAUGUUACCAUGAGGAGCACAAGUCCAGCAGCAGAACUGGGUCCAGAUGUUACCAUGAGGAGCACACAUCCUGAAGCAGAACUGGGUCCAGAUGUUACCAUGAGGAGCACAAGUCCUGAAGCAGAACUGGGUCCAGAUGUUACCAUGAGGAGCACAAGUCCAGCAGCAGAACUGGGUCCAGAUGUUACCAUGAGGAGCACACAUCCUGCAGCAGAACUGGGUCCAGAAAGUACUGUGUGGACCACACAUCUUCCAGAAGAACUUGAUCCAGAUGGUACUGUGCAGAGUGCACAUUCUUCAGCAGAAUUGGGCUUGGGUGUUAGCAUAUGGGGUGCAUAUCCCACAGCAGAUAUUUCUACCUGGAGCACACGUCCUGCACCUGAAUCUGAUCAAGAAGGUACCGCAUGGGACACACAUUCUUCAGCCGAUUUUGAUCUAGAUAGUACCAUGAGAAGCAAACAUCCUUCAGCAGAAACAAUUCUCAAAGGCACAAUGGAGAGUAAACAUAUUGCAGCAGAAACAAGUCUAAGAGAUCCCAUGUGGAGUACUCAUCCCACAGAAGAACUAGCAUCAGAUGGAAUCAUGAGGAGAACACUUCCCACAGCAGAAUCAGGUGCUGGUCCAAUGGGAAUCUCUGCUCUGCCCACUAGAGUUUCAUCACCCUUUCCAUCUCUGGACCCCACCCAGGGGCUGGCUGCCUCUCCUAUCCUUGCUGUUCAACUGAGUCCAGGCUCUGGCACCCACUCACAGCACCCCACAGAGGCCCCCAGUACCCAGGGACCCCCAGAACCUACCCAAUACCCUGAGAUCCCCAACACCCAGGGACCCCCAGCAUCCAUCCAACACCCUGCAGAGAGCCCCACUGCCUUGACAGAGCUUUUGCUCUCCCAACAUCCCCCUGCAGAGCCUUCUGGCUUCUGGACACCCCCAGACCUAUUUAUCCAGACGCCAUCAAGGAACCCGAGCCCUCAGAGCCCCCCAGCACUCACCGUGCUUCCCCUAGAUCCCACCAGCCCUUACAUGAAUGCUGCUCAUUUCAAGCACCUCAUGGAUAUCCCCAGACCCCAGAGCCUCCCAGCACACUCUGAGGACCCCGUAGAAACCCUCAGUACCCAGAAACCCCCAGAAUCUGCCCAGCACCCCACAGAGAGCCCCCCAGCACUCUCCCAGUAUCUAACAGAGUUCUUCAGCACACAGGUCCCCCCAGCACCCACCCAGCACCCCAAGGAGACCUCUGAUAGUCAGCCCCCUGUGGCACCCACUGAACAAUCCACUGAGAUCUUCAGCACUCGGAGGCCCCCAGCAUUGCCCCAGCACUCCACAGAGCCCCCCAGCACCCAGAGGCCCCCAUCAACCCUACAACACCCUAUGAAUACCUUUGGCACCCAGAACUCUCCAGCAUACCCUAAACAUCCCAUGAAGUUGCUCAGCACUCAGACCCCCCCCAUAUCCCACCAACACCCCAAAGAGCCCCGCAGCACCCAGACACACCCAGGAUCCCUUAAGCACCUCACAGAUCCCCCCAGCACCCAGAUUCCCUCAGCACCUGUCCAGCAUCCACUGGAGACUUUCAGCACUCAGACUCCCCAAGCACCCCUCCAGCACCCCAUGAAAUUGUUCAGCACCCAGAUUCCCCCAGCACCCACAGAGACCUUCCGCACCCAUUCUGCAAGCUCUGUACUGCCUGGACCCCCAUGUGCAGGUCCAGCUCAACCAGCACCACCGAUGCCAACAUUCUCUGCACUAUGGGACCGGGGGGGAUCCUGUGUGGCCCCUGCCCUGCGGGCACUGCUGUGGGAGGUGCGGGAGCUGCGGGGGCAACUACGAGCCCUGGCCCGCAACCAGCGGCGGGGAGCUCAGCGCCUGGAGGCUGUCACCCGCCGCCUGGGCAGGCUGGCUGCCGUGGGGCAGCACAUCCUGGAGGACCCCCCCAGGCUGUACGGGGGUGUGGGCAUCCGGAGAGGGGCCUUGCACAGGAGGCAAGGGAAAUAAAGCUGGGCUGGUUCACCAAUCUUGAGUGUUGAAGAGGGAGGGGGGGAAGGGGAGAGGGAGAGAG